GCACUCGGUCAUAUGACUCCAGUUGCAUCAAAGGAUAUCCCGGAUAUACUAAGUAAACCGCAUUAUAUCUUGCCUCAUCAUGGUGUUUACCGAGAGGAUAGUGUCACUACUAAAUUGCGUGUUGUGUUCGACGCGAGCGCGAAUACGUCUAAUAAUAAAUCAUUAAAUAAUAUACAACAUGUAGGUCCACCGUUACAAAAUGAUAUUUUGUCUAUAUUACUUAGAUUUAGGCAGUAUAAAUAUGUGGUGUGUAGCGACAUCCAGAAGAUGUACAGACAGAUAUUUGUUGAACAGGAUCAACGUGUCCUGCAAUUAAUAUUAUGGCGGGAAGGUCGAGAUUUACCUUUGCAAUUGUAUAAGUUGAACACAGUUACGUAUGGUACUGCGUCGGCUCCUUUUCUAAGUAUGCGUUGCUUACAACAAUUGGCUUUAGAAUGUGAUGAUGAUUUAGUAGCCAGGACUAUUAAGGAUAAUUUUUACGUAGAUGACCUUUUUACAGGAUCCGACGACCUUGACUCGUUAUUACAGUUGUGUAAUAAAAUAUCUGCAACUUUAAAAAAGGGUUGUUUCCCGUUACAUAAAUGGACUUUUAGUCAUGACGUUUCUGCUGAUAAGUGUAAAGACCUAAAUGUCGGUGAACAUCGCUUGUCAAAAACGUUAGGGUUAGGUUGGUGUACAAAAAAUGAUGAAUUUUAUUUUACAACUAAAAUCACACAUAAUGAUACAGUAGUUACAAAGCGUGUAAUAUUAUCGACAAUUUCACAAGUAUAUGAUCCUUUAGGUUUACUCGCGCCUGCGGUAAUAACAGCUAAAUUAUUGUUACAAAAGCUAUGGUUACAUAAACUAGAUUGGGAUGACGAAGUUCCUAAAAAUAUUACGAAUGCAUGGCAAGGCUUUCUUUCAGAUUUAAAAUAUUUACGCGAUAUUAAAAUACCUCGUUACGUGAUUCGCGGUAAUUAUAUAGAACUUCAUAUUUUUACCGACGCGUCGCAAAGUGCCUACGGUGCGUGCGCGUACGUUAGAUCGUGCCACAAUGAUUGUCAAACUACUGUACCUAUUUCUGUGCAUUUGUUGUGCGCUAAAAGUAAGUUGGCGCCGAUAAAGACUGUUAGUAUUCCCAGGUUAGAGCUAUGCGGAGCUUUAAUAGGUGCGAAAUUGUAUUGUAAAAUAAAAAAGUCUUUAUGUUUAAAUUUUAAUAAGGUUUAUUUUUGGACUGACUCAACAAUCGUGCUGGGGUGGCUUCGUAUGUCACCUCAUCUACUAAAAACGUUUGUACAAAAUAGAGUCGUCGAAAUUAAUGAAUUGACCGGUGAUACCAUCUGGCGGCAUGUUAAGGGCACGGAAAAUUCAGCUGAUAUCAUAACGAGAGGUUCUACAUUAGACACAUUAAAGUAUGAUAAUAAUAAUAAAUGGUGGUGUGGCUCUACGUUUUUACGAGAACCUGUGGCUAAGUGGCCAAUUUUUAAUAAUAAUAUUGAAUCGUUAUCUAUUGAUUUACCCGAAACUAAGCCUGAUACAAUUAAUUUACAUUCCAUUCAAAUUACUUCAUUGAUUGAUUUUGAACGAUUUUCGUCAUUUAUUCGUUUGCAAAGAAGUUGUGCAUAUUUAUUGCGUUUUAUAAAUAACGCGCGAGUAAAUACGCGCGGCAGUAUAGGUUCGCGUUUAACCGGUCCGUUAUCAGUAGACGAGCUGCAGCGGUCGCUCGAUGCAUUGACGCGGCUCGUUCAACAAGAUUGUUUUAGUGAGCAAUAUCGUGAGUUAAAAAAUAAAAUACCGUUGAAUAGUAAUAAAAAUAACAAUAAAACUAAUAAAUUAUUAUAUAAACAAAUAUCAGGCUUAAAUAUAUUUUUAGAUAAGUUUAAUAUAAUUCGUAUAGGUGGAAGGUUAUCUAACGCGCUUGGAUUUAAUUAUGAAAAGAAACACCCGGUAUUGUUAAGUAAUAAACAUCGUUUCUCGAGGUUAUUGUGUGAAUAUGAACACAAACGACUCCUUCACGCUGGACCUCAACUUUUAGUGUAUUCUAUGCGUGAAAAGUGGUGGAUUUUAGGAGCUCGUAAUUUGGCUAGACAGGCUAUAGUCCUCAUUUUGGUGGGUUAUGGGAGGCAGGAGUCAAGUCCUGCAAGUACCAUUUGAGACGCGUACUCGGUAAUGCUAAAUUAACACGCGAGGAGUUUGAAACAGUAUUAACGCAAAUAGAAGCUGUUCUGAACUCCCGCCCUUUAUCCCCUCUGUCCUCAGAUUCUGACGAUUUCCUCCCACUCACUCCAGCACACUUCCUGAUCGGUCGACCGCUGACUGCGCCUGCCUGCGAGAACCUCACGACGAUCGAGCCUACGAGACUGGGACGCUACGAACGUGUGGAGCAAAUUAGACAACACUUUUGGCAACGAUGGUCUAAAGAAUAUGUUUCAGAGCUCCAGCAACGAACAAAAUGGAAGGACAACAAUGAGGACAUCACACCUAAUAUCUUGGUCCUUAUCAAAGAGGAUAAUACUCCACCACUCAACUGGAAAUUGGGACGAGUAACAGAAGUAUUCCCUGGGACUGAUGGAGUAUCCCGUGUAGCUGAAAUACGUACAGCGCACGGUAUUAUACGACGGUCUUUCUCGAAGAUCUGCCCGCUGCCUGUACAACUGUGAAGACGAAUAUGUUGGAAGAUCCUGGUUCUUCCAAGGCGGCCGGUAUGUUCAAUAAUAUAUCAUCCGAUAGUCGAUAACG